AAGACUCUUAUCUCGAACACUUCGGCAUCACAUGACACUGAUUGAACAUGGCUUCAGUUCAGUGGCACUCUCGGGGCCGUAAAUAUGAGAGUGAGUGGCAGGUGUGUCGUUUGGAGGUUUCAGCAGUGGAGUUCAGUGACUAUCAUCCACUCAAAGCCAUCACGGUGACAGAUUCUAAAUCUCGCCGUAGUGGGCGGAAAGGCAGCACCUCCUCCUCAUCUUCUUCCUCUAGUUCUGUGGCUCUGGAUCCACUCAGCUCCAUGCUGGAUGGGACCGACCCACUGUCUCUCUUCGCUGCGGCGUCUGAGACCCCAACUCUGUCACACAGCAUCUCUGCUGGGGAGUUGGGGCGGAAACGUCGGGAGAAAGAGGAGGAAGUGGGCUUAGACUUUGAGCCGUGGUCAUCUAAACGUGGAGAAAUCCUUUCUAGAUUCACCACCACAGAGAAACUGUCUAUAAACCUCUUCAUGGGCUCAGACAAGAGUAAAGCAUCCAGUCCCAGCUCAGCCGUGUCAGAGAAGGUGCGCACUCGUCUGGAGGAACUGGACGACUUGGAGGAGGGCUCACAGAGGGAGCUGUUGAACCUGUCCCAGCAGGACUAUGUGAACCGCAUUGAAGAGCUCAACCAGUCUCUGAAGGAGGCAUGGGGUUCAGACCAGAAAGUCAAAGCCCUGAAAAUCGUCAUCCAGUGCUCCAAGCUGCUCUCUGAUACAUCAGUAAUUCAGUUCUACCCCAGCAAGUUUGUUCUCAUCACAGAUAUCCUGGACACCUUUGGUGGUCUGGUGUAUGAUAGGAUCUGGACCAUGUGUGCUGACCCUCAUCCGUUACCAGAAUCGUUCUCUGCUGAUGAUGUGAAUGACACAGCCAAAGAGACGUGUCUCAACUGGUUCUUUAAAAUCGCCUCCAUCAGAGAGCUUGUCCCUCGACUAUAUGUUGAAGCUGCUCUUCUGAAAUGCAACCGCUUCUUGACAAAGUCUGGGAUUCAGGAGACACUGCAGAGACUGACAGCGAUGAUCAGAGGAAUAGGAGACCCGCUGGUGGCUGUAUAUGCACGGGCGUAUUUAUGCAGGAGCUCCAUUAUCAGCCCCACAGUGGAAAAUGAAACCGUAUCCGUACCAGCUGGGCCGGAUUGGCAUGGAAUGGAGCGGUUAAGCAAUGAGAGCGGUUUGGGCCAAUGGUGGAAAAGUGGCUAUACUUUCAAAUUUUACAUGGUUGGGAUGGAGGUGGCGCCGCAUCUGAAGGAUAGUCUCAAUAAGAAUUUCUUUGACCUGCUGGCCUCGUUCCGUCAAAUUCAUGGUGAAAGUGUGCAGAAUCAGCUGGUGCUGCAGCGGGUGGAGAUUCCCAUCUAUCUGACCCUCUAUUCUCCUGCCAUACACUGGAUCCUGCAGUGCGUGGCAUACAGAGCACCAGAGGUUCUGCUAACAGAGAUGAUGGACAGAUGCAAGAAGUUGGGCAACAAUGCUCUCCUGCUGAACUCUGUCAUGUGGGCAUUCCGGGCAGAAUUUGUUGCAGCGAGAGCUACAGACUUUAUUGGCAUGAUCAAAGACUGCGAUGAAGCUGGAUUUCCCAAGCACUUGUUGUUUGCAUCUCUGGGUCGCAGUCUGUCCUGUGCUGACCCUCCAGAGAGUGAAAGACUCUCCAUACUCAAUGAAGCAUGGAAGGUCAUCACUAAAGUGCGCAGCCCAAGGGAUUACAUCAACUGUGCUGAGAUCUGGGUGGAGUUUACCUGCCGUCAUUUCACAAAACGGGAGGUGAACACGGUUCUUACUGACAUCAUCAAACACAUGACUCCAGACAGAGCUUUCGAGGAUGCAUAUCCACAGCUGCAGUCAGUGAUAAACAAGAUCCUCACCUACUUCCAUGACUUCUCUGUGCUCUUCUCUAUGGAGAAGUUUUUGCCCUUUCUGGACAUGUUCCAGAAAGACAGCGUGAGGGUGGAGGUGUGUAAAUCAAUCAUGGAGGUCUUCAUCAAACACCAGCAGGAAGCAACGAGAGACCCCGUCAUCCUCAACGCGUUGCUGCACAUCUGUAAGACCAUGCACGACUCUGUCAAUGCUCUAACUCUAGAUGAUGAGAAAAGAUCUCUGGCUCUGCUGAUCAAUGGAUUUAUUCGUAUGGUGUCUUUCGGGAGGGACUUUGAACAGCAGUUGAGUUUCUGUGUGGAAGCCCGAGCGACCUUCUGUAAUCUAGAGCCCGUCAUCAUUCACCUGAUACAUACGGUGAAUCAGUUAGCCAUGGAGACCAGACGUGUGAUGAAAGGAAAUCACUCACGUAAAACGGCUGCUUUUGUCAGGGCUUGUGCUGCCUACAGUUUCAUCACCAUUCCAUCUCUCACGAGUAUCUUCAGUCGUCUCAACCUCUACUUGCUCUCUGGACAAGUAGCGCUGGCCAACCAGUGUUUGUCCCAAGCGGACGCGUUUCUAAAGGCAGCUGUCAGUAUUUUGCCGGAAGUCCCGCGUACUAUCAGCAUUGAGGGAAAACAGCGAUCAUCAGAGCCCUUCCUUCUUGAAUUCAUUAACAACUUCCUUUCCACACUGCUCGUAGUGCCGGAUCACCCGGAGCAGGGUGUGCUGUAUCUGGUGCGAGGGCUCUUGAAUAUGGUGCAGGACUACACCUGGGAGGACAACAGUGAUGCUAAGGUCCGCGUCUACAUCAGCGCUUUACCAUUACUAGCAGCAAUGAGCCAGGAAAGCUAUCUCUACACCAUUCCUAAAGUGGAUUCCAAUGAAACCCUCUAUGGAGGAGAUCCCAAGUUCAUCGCAGAGAUCAACAAGUUGUGUGAGACUCUGAUCGGUCAGGUUUUGGAUCAUUUAAAGACUCUGGGCCGAGAUGAGGGAGUGCGCAGGCAGGCCAGUCUGGCUUUCUCUCUGUUUGGCUGUCUGUUGGCUCAUGGUGAUCUACGGAACAACAAACUCAAUCAGCUGGCUGUCAACCUGUGGAACCUCAGCCACAAACACGGCUUCUGUGAGACACGCACAUCGGUUCGGACUCUAGAGUACAUCAAACAUCAGGCACAGCAGGCAGACAUGAACCAUCUCUCUGACAUGACAUCACGUCUGUCUCUGCAGUCCCGAGCCUGACGCUUUCAUGGAGGCAUUCCUGUGACAGACUGUCAGAAACCCUGAGACAGGAACUAAUAAAUAUAUGAAAGUCAAAUUGCUGCCCACAUAAAAGGUUAUUGAAACGAUUACUAAAACUCCAACUGUCUCAAACUUCUACAGUGUUUUAUCAAAAAUAAUGUCAGUUUGCACUUGUUUUUGUACAGUUUGUGUGCAUAACCUAGGUAUUAUGUAAUAAAAUACUCAAAUCAU